AUGAACCUCCAACAUCGGAGCACACCGCGACUCAAGACAUCGUCAACACUCGGAACCAGGAUGUCGGAGGCUUUCGUACCUUGCAGCGGUCUCCCCGGAGAUCUUAGCAAAUGGCUUGGUCCCGAGCAGAUAUCGCUGGAAGUAGGCUAUGGCAGCGAUAGCGAAAUGUUCGACGCGCCGUUGAGACAACUACGCAACACGUCUGACUACUUCUUCGAUCACCUCCCCGAUGUAUCACCGCGCAAUUUUCGCAUCUACCUGGGAUUCCUCAAGACCGGUUACCUCAAUCAACUCGAUCCGGACGAUACCACUGAUCAGAGAAUCUCUUUCGGUAGACUCAUUCAUGUCUUCAUGUUCGCCAACGAAUUAGGAAUCAUUUUGCUCCGAAAUGCGGUUCUAGACGAAUUCUUCCUGCGCAUCUACGACGACCCCGACGAUCUCCCGUACAAGUGUAUCUUCAAUAUAUACAAAGCUUCCACCCCAGCCUCUUCACUACGUCACCUCGCUGUCGAUAUCAUAGUGAAGAUCGGAAAGAAGGCGGAUGUCAAAGAAUGGAUGCACGACCUGCCGAAACAGUUCUUGAUGGACUGCUUGACUUCCGCAAGCGAAGAUAGGAUCGUACCCUUUCCCAAAAAUCUUUCCGAAGAUGACGUCAUGGACCGGCUAGAGGGAAUGAGGAAGGCGAUGUGUGAGGUGUUCCAUGUCCACGAUUCUGAGCCAGAGGCUGCAGAGGACGCAGAGGAGGAGGCUCAAGCUCAGAAUGUGGACCCAGAGUUGCAAAAGACAUUUGAUGAGGAGCCCGCUGCGAGGAUGGAGUAUGUCAUGGGGCCGUUGCCUAUCAGAGAGAAGUAA